UACCUCCUAGUCCCAUAGGUCAGGUACCUUACCUCAUAGGAGGGUAGGUACAUGUAGUACUCUGCCCUCCAGCUCUCUCCCAUGAUGGAACCUUCCAUCGACCACUCGGCUGUCGUCGUCACUCCCUCUCUCUCUUUCACUUUCUUUCACUCUCCCUCUCCGCUCCGCCCGCCCGUCCGCCCGCCUGCCUGCCUGUCUGCCCGCCUGCUCGUCCGUCUGGUGCUCGGCAGCGUGAUCCGAUCAUUAUUUCAUGAUUCUUCAACUUCUGUGCGUGACCGGGCCAUCUUCGUCCGUCCAGCGCCUCCUUCUUUAAAAGACUUCAGACCAGGUUUUGCUCCCUGAGUGCUGGCUACUACCAAGCAUGAAGUGUCGAUAACAACGCACUGCCGCCCACACAGCUUCCUGCUCCUACCACUUACUGUUCGCCUCGUUGCCCUUCGGUACUUCUACUGCCAGCCGAUCGGAUGCGCCUCUCGCUCGCUCGCUCGCCCUUUGGGGGGACUCUAUGGCUCUCGUCAGUCUUCUCGCUGCUGUUCUCACCGCAAGUCACGGCGGACUUGAAUAACGACACAUCGCCGACACAUCAAUUCAAGUCGAGGCCCGACCUUCAUGCUCCCAUCAUCAACUUUUCCAUUCUACAGCCGGAAAAGCUCGUCCCCGGCUACAUCUUCUUUGCGCCAUAUCGUAACAUCGAUGCAGGGCCGUAUAUCUACGAUAAUGCCGGCGAGCUGGUCUGGUCGGGCGCUGGGGAGCUGGGGCCCAUGACGGCACAUACGCCGCGAGUCUGUCAGUACAAGGGCACAGAUCAUCUAUGCUUCUUCACGGGAGAGCAGCACCAAGGCUUUGCGCGUGGACAUGGAGUUAUCAUGGACCAACACUACCGUGUAGUGAAGCAGGUCGAUAGCUCAGGUGCCGGCGCCAGUAGCGAUAUGCAUGAGUUCAAAAUAACGCCCUAUUCGAAGGGGACCACUGCUCUAAUGACAGUCUAUCAGCCCCGGCAGUACGAUCUCACGGUGAAUCCACGAUUUAAUGUGCGAAAAGGAAUGGGAUGGAUCGUCGAAGGUGUAUUUCAAGAGGUUGAGAUUGACACGGGCAAAGUAGUCUUCGAGUGGCGCUCGCUCAACCAUGUCGACCCCGAAGACGCAUGCACAUUACCUGGCACAACCGACACGAGCGGCACUGGGCUGGACGAGCAGGAGCCCUGGGACUACUUCCACCUCAAUUCCAUUGACAAGAAUGAGAAGGGCGACUAUUUGUUGUCGGCGAGGCACACUAGCGCCAUCUACAAGGUCUCGGGUCGGGAUGGCAGCAUUCUCUGGCAAUUAGGAGGGACUCGGAGCCACUUCGAACUGAUUAAUUUCAACUUCUCUUACCAACAUCACGCCAGGUGGAUCUCAGAGAACAGCACGCACACGGUGUUCUCGUUCUACGACAAUGCGAGCAACAACUACGCAGCGACCGGCACGUUCUCUCGCGGUUACGUGAUUGAAAUAGAUCAUACUGCCAAGAAAUCAACCGUGGUCAAAGAGUUUGGCGCUCCUGAGCCAGAAGGUGGACUGCUUUCAACGUCUCAGGGUAAUAUGCAACUACUGCCGAAUGGAGGAGUUCAUAUCGGCUGGGGCGAGCAUGCAUAUUUCUCUGAGCAUUUGCCGAAUGGUGAGGCCACCAUGUAUGCACACGUGGCCGAGCGAGAAUCUAACGUGAUGAUUUACCGCUCCAACAAAUACAAUUGGACAGCUCAGCCCGUGACGAAACCUGCCUUGUGGACGUACAGCAGGACAGGAAAGGAGCAAAUGGGAUUCUGGGCGUCGUGGAACGGUGCUACAGAAAUCAAAAGCUGGAGGUUCUACACUGGCGCAUCUGCGCGGGGUCCGUGGAAGUUGGCAGGGAAUGUGUUCAAAACGGGGUUCGAAACCGAGCAUCACAUCGAUCAGUAUGCAGCUUGGACAUAUGCUGAAGCCGUCGAUGUUGAAGGCCGAGCAAUGGAGACGAGUGCCAUCACCAAAACGUUCGUCCCGAGUGAAGCGUUGAGGCCGCAUUGCAGUGACCGAGGAUGCGAUUAUGCCGAACGAGUGCCGCCCGAAGAGGAAACUCCAUACGAGGCAGCCAUCAAGACGGAUGAGGCACUACUGUCGACGAAUCGCGGCUAUGACACGAGUGACUACUAUCACCCCUUGCCGGUAGGGGCAUUGGUCGAUCAUGGCAAGUCAGACAGCGACGACAGCUAUCAAGGCAGAAACGACACCAAGACAUCGGCUGCUGUUGGAGCAGGCGCAAUCCUGGGGGCACUCAUUGUUUGGGUAUGCUGGUAUCUUCACCAAAGCGGUAUUUUCGAGCGACCGAGAGAUGUUUUGGCAGGCAGCUUUCUGGGAUCGAGACUGGGUCUUACAAAGUACACCAGGAUACAGAGCAAAGACGUCGAAGGGUCCGAAUAUGGGGCAAGCGUGAACAGUCGAAGGUCCUCGUCGGGAUGCGGACGGCGCUCGUUUAUCCCCCGUACCUCCGUCACUUAUCUGAGUUGUCUCCUUAGUGAGCUCCUAGGUGGUACUAGCCUCCUCAGGAUAUGUGAAGUGACACAGAUGUCGCGGCGCCGGCUCGGGAGGAACCACCUCGGUCACCUCGGUGCUGGGCAUGUAUGCCUGUCUGCCAUGGCCCAUCAACGCAGCAGCAGCACUACUUCUACUAGCCACGGUCACGACCAGCGAGCGCGGCAACGCAACAGUCUCGUUCUAGCAUCGACGGGCGGUACAGGAGGUACAGGAGGUACAGGAGGCACAGGAGGUACAGGAGGUAGUCUUCACAACACGAGUACCUCCACUACUUCUACCACUGCACCUGCCACUGCCAAGCAUCACGAAUCCCCGCCCGACUCGGCCCAGAAAAUCCUUCGCUUCCUAGACACCACGCCCGCCUCCACGCCCACGCCCGCGCCCCCGAUAUCUGCUGCUGCUGCCUCGCUAUCUACCGAACCAUGGCCCCGACGACAGUCGCAGUCGCAAUCGCUCAACGGUGCCGAAGAGGUGCACGACCUGCCAUCCCCCAUGCCGCCGAAGCCUGCUCAUAAUGCGGUGCCAACAUGGUCCAACAUGCCCAACAAAGGCCAACUGGCCAUACUCGCCGCUUCACGAUUCGUCGACUUCUUCCAAAUGGCAGCCUUGCAGACCUACAUGGUGCACCAGCUGAAGAGCUUCGAUCCAGAGCUGUCUGACGUCGUCAUCUCACAUCAGGCAGGCGUGCUGCAAGGUGCUUUCACUGCCGCGCAAAUCGUCACCAGCAUCCUGUGGGGACGAGCAGCAGACCAGCCGGCGUUGGGGAGGAAGACCGUGCUGCAGAUCGGCCUCGUCGGCACGGGACUGGGCUGCAUUGGUGUCGGCUUCAGCAGGACAUAUGGACAAGCAGUGUUCUGGAGAUUGAUGAGUGGCGCCAUCAAUGGCACCGUGGGGUCUGCGAGGACAAUGGUGGCAGAGAUCACGCCGAAGCCAUGGCACCCACGCGCAUUUUUGCUGUUGCCCGCUGCCUUCAACGUUGCGAACGUCGCAGGACCCAUUGUGGCAGGACUAUUGGUGGAUCCUGUCAUCAACUUGCCUGGUAUGUUUGGCUCGGGAGGCGUAUUCGGUGGAGAUGCAGGUGUCGUAUGGAUGAAGGCAUAUCCUUAUGCAGCCGCGAACUUGAUGAGCACAGUGCUGCUAUUCGCUGAGGCCGCGCUGGUGCACUUCUUCCUCACCGAAACGCUGAAAGGCGAGCGUAGAGUAGGCCUCGCUUCAUUCGACCCGAUUGCGUUGGUGCGGCAUAUUUAUCAACAGACUGUUUUGCUGAAGAAUCAGGGAUAUACGGCAUUACAACAAUCACAGAGAGAAGGUCUGCUUUCCAAAGGCGAACGGAACUCGUUGGAAAUGGACAGACUCACAUCGACAGGAGAUAAAAUGACACCACGACAGGCACCGAGAUUGGCUUUCCGCAGGAUAUGGACGCCGAAUGUCCUCUGGACACUUCUCAGUAUAGCGAUUUUUGACUUUCACAUGGGCGCGUUCGCCAAUCUUUGGAUUCUGUUCCUCGCCACACCCAGGCAAUUCAAUCCGCAGGGCGAUGAUGCAGCGCUCGAACCACGAAGCGCAUUCAAGUUCGCUUCAGGGCUGGCGUUUCCUCCCCCCACGAUCGGUUUUGCUAUGGCCAUCAUUGGCUUCAUUGGCGUGACUUUGCAAUUUUUACUAUACCCCUGGGCCAAUGCGAGAUUUGGCUUGAUGCGCUGCUUUCGAAUGUCUUUAUUCCUCUUCCCGAUGGCGUACUACCUGGCACCGUAUCUGGCUCUUCUACCAUCUGUCAGCGCGCCGCCUGCUCCCGCAAGUGGUGCCACAAUCUGGAUGGGAAUCAGUUUCGUUGUGUUUCUGCAGGUGGCAGCUCGCACUUUUGCUUUGCCGGCUUCGAUCAUCCUGCUGAACAACAGUUCGCCGCACCCGAGCGUUCUGGCUACGAUACACGGGAUAGGGAAUGCCUGCUCAGCCACGUUCCGUACCAUAGGUCCCAUGCUGGCGGGUUAUUGGUAUGGUAUGUGGACCGAGCGCGGCAUUGUAGGCAUGGCGUGGUGGAUUGUUGCCACCGUUGCCGCCUGUGGCUGUAUCGCGAGCUUCAAGGUGCGGAAUGGUAGCGGGCAUGAGAUCUUCCUACCUGGCGAAGAGGGCGAUCUCAAAGAAGCUGAAGCAGGGUCUGGAAGGAGUGGAGAUGGAAGGUAA